UGAGUCCGGCCCGGAGCCGGCGGGCGGCUUCUGCGAGUGCGCCCCGGGAGCGUCGGCACCGCGUGUGUGCUGCCCCCCAGUCCCCUCCUCCCCAACUUGCGGGACCCCUGGAGGCCGGGUCUCAGCUGGUGCCCCGUUUGCGCCCCGACCACCUCUCCUCCAGGACUGAGCUCCCAGCCCAGCGCCCAGCCAUGGCGUGCCCCCUGGAUCAGGCCAUUGGCCUCCUCGUGGCCAUCUUCCACAAGUACUCGGGCAGGGAAGGCGACAAGAACACCCUGAGCAAGAAGGAGCUGAAGGAGCUUAUCCAGAAAGAGCUCACCAUUGGCCCGAAGCUGCAGGAUGCUGAAAUCGCAAAGCUGAUGGAUGACCUUGACCGGAACAGGGACCAGGAGGUGAACUUCCAGGAAUAUGUCACCUUCCUGGGGGCCUUGGCUUUGAUCUACAAUGAUGCCCUCAACGGCUGAAAAGAAAUCAGGAAGGUGGAGACACCCUCUGUCGGUCCUAAGUCAAAUCCAGUGGUGGGUAAUUGUUCAAUAAAUACCUUUUUUGGUCAA